AUGCCUGCCUACUCCGGAGAAGAAGCGCAGGUCGUUGUUUCACAUACGCCAUUCAUGGAUGGCUCGUUUCCAGCCCAAGGAUUCACACACGACGGUGCGAGCCCAAGUAUCGCAACUAGCAGCGAAGCCUCACAAUUGCUACUGCCGAGCACUUCGACGUAUGCAACCGAAAUAUUCGGAUUGACUUCGCCCACAAACGGGCAGCUCGGAUCAGAUUACGAGAUGACGCAUGACUCCUUGUGGUCCAAUCUACCGUCAGGCUUUGAAUUGGAAGACUGGGACACCUUCAUCUUCGGGUUUGGACAAAUCCAACCCGAUGUUCAUCCUAAUGGGCACUCAAACGGGACGGUGCGGCCCGUCUAA